AGGGGACAUUUGGUGGGACAGAUAAAGAACGUUCGCGGCCGCUGUCCCAUGUGCGUGCGCGCGUGUCGUGAGAAGUCUGGUUCCGCUGUUCUGUACUUCUGUUACUGACGGUCGAAGUAUCCGUCAAUCUGAAUACAUCAAUGAGUGCCCAGCAGGAGAGCAUUGUGCCCCAGCUCGUCGAGCUGCUCGACAGCACGCGUGGUGUCAAGGUUCAGAUCGACAACCAUGAACCACAUUCAGUCAAGGCCAUCGGGGCCGUAGCAGCAGUCCUUCGCAAGAGCUCACACCCACGUGAGGCCGAUGCUCUCGAGCAGGUCGUCACGAUAGCGAGAAACACACCCGACUAUGGUGGCAUGGGUCUCGGCACCGAAGCCACCACAGGCGUCUCCGACAAUGAUCGCUCCGAGCUCGUGUUCCUGGCCUCGGCGUGGCUCGAGUCACUCAACUCGGCGGACCGGGCGUCGCGCACGCUGCGGCCGACGGCUGGCCCGCCGCCCGCGGGCAGGAGGCCGAUGAACGUGACGGAGAAGAUCUUUGCGUUCCACGAUGUCGAGAGCAAAGGUUGGGUCCGGCCCGGCGAGAUGAUCCGCGUCAGUGUGGACUGGAUCAUGUCGAGCGAGCAGAGCUGGCAUGGCAUGGUGCAAGUCUACAACCGCCUCGGCGACCCAGGCAUUUUCCGCAACGACCGGCUCUGGCUGGCCGGCGACCACAUUGUCGAGCCGCGCAACAUGCACACGCCGCUGUCGCAGGACCUCAUGGCCAAGGUUGCGAAGGCACGCAGGGACUUCAAGAUGACCGAGUAUCAGGGGUACAACUACACCAUUAUGCACACGGAGUUUUUCCGCGAGCGGACACAGCCGGGCAUGCUCAUCAUCGGUAGUGACAGCCACACUUGCAGCAGCGGUGCUAAUGGGUGCUUGUCGAUCGGCAUGGGCGCUGCGGAUGUCACGAUGGCUUUGGUUACGGGUGAGACCUGGUUCAAGGUCCCUGAAGUCGUCGAGAUCCGCUUCGUCGGCAAACCACCAAGAGGCGUCGGUGGCAAGGACGUCAUCCUCUACGUCUUGCAGCAGCUCAAGAGAAACACUGUGGCGGCAGACAGGGUCGUCGAGUACACAGGACCGGGCCUGGAGUAUCUCAGUCCCGAUGCCCGCUUUGCUGUUGCCAACAUGACUACCGAGUUUGGCGGCAUCACUGGGAUAUUUGCGCCGGAUCACAUCACCGAGAACUUCAUCAACCAGCGCAAGCUGGCUCGGCACAAGGACAACAGCUUCUACUUCAGGGCCGACGCCGGGUGCGAGUACGUCGAAACGCACACCAUCGAUCUCACCCACGCGGAGCCAUUCAUCGCGCGGUACCCCAGCCCAGACGACGUCGUGUCCAUCAGCGAGAUGAACGGCAAGGAACUCGACGGCUGCUUCAUCGGCGCAUGCACUACAGCCGAGGAGGACAUCAUCAUGGGUGCGCUCGUGCUACAGGCGGGUCUCAAGGCCGGCAAGAAGCCCGUCAGCAAGGGACUUCGCAAGGUCGUGCCGGGCAGCAGGCCGAUUCUGGACAAGCUGCGAAAGUCUGGUCUCGCGGAUGCGUAUGAGCAGGCCGGUUUUGAGAUUGGCGUUCCUGGCUGUAGCUAUUGCGUCGGCAUGAGCACGGAUGUUGCUGGCGAUGGCGAGGUGUGGCUGAGCAGCCAGAACCGGAAUUUCAAGAAUAGGAUGGGUCCUGGCUCCAUCGGAAACCUUGCGUCUGCAGCAACCGUGGCAGCCUCGUCAUUUGAUAUGAAGAUGACUUCACCGCUCGAGCUCAUUUCCAAGAUUUCCGAGGAUGAAUGGAAUAGAGUCAAGGGCAAAGGCUCAUUAUCCUCGGGGCCUCGCGGCGCUGAACCGCAAUGGGUCGAGCCCGCUGAGCCAGAAGGCCACUCCUCGACUGUGGAACCGCCGUCCGCAGGUGACAACACAUCCGGGACAGCAGAAGCAGCUUCCAAGACAAUCGCUACUGCUGCGAGCACCGACGACGACACGAAUGCGUCCCAAGAGGAAGCCGCCAGCACCCUCAAGAGCAUAUCCGCUACAAUCUAUCGACUAGGCGACUUCAUCGACACGGACGCCCUCGCGCCAGCGCAGUUCCUCGUCACGGCCAAGGACGACAAGGAAUUCGGCACGCACUGCCUGGAAUACACGAACCCAGACUUUCGGCAGCGGGUGGCGGACGGCUCAACCGUCGUCGUCGCCGGCAAGGCAUUCGGGUGCGGCUCGUCCCGCAUGGAGGCCGUGCAGGCCCUGCUCGGCGUGGGCGUCGAGUGCGUCAUCGCCAAGUCGUUUGCCUUUAUCUACUCGCGCAACCAGCCCAGCCUGGGCCUCCUGGGCAUCACCAUCACGGACGAGGCGUUCUACGAGGCCGCGCAGGACGGCGCGGGCAUCGACGUCGAUCUCGUCGCCAACGUCGCCCGCGUCGGCGGCAAGGAGUUUGCGUUCGAGCUCAGCCAGAUGGAGAAGAGCCUGACCAGUCUUGGCGGCGUGGCGCCCGCGUUCAACAAGUUUGGUAAAAAGAUCUUUGACGCCCUCACGAGCGGCAGUCGGGGAGUGACGAAGUCGCUCAAGCAGAGUCACGGCGGCUCGGCAGGGGCGGCGGGCUCGUUGAAUUGGUAGAAGCAUUAUGGAACGGUUUAUUUUUGUGGCUCAAUUAUUUACAGAGUGUAUAAGUUAACUUGGACAUAUCAACCGAGAUUAACGAAACGGGAAGAUGCCCCGUUAGAU